AUGAAUACCAACGCAUUGCGGGCGUAUUUUAAGGCGAAAGGGGGAGAAGAUGGAAGUUUGGCGUAUCGGGCUUGGAUGCAUUGUCUUUUUGCUGAGAUGGAGCCAUCUUUAACUGUCACAGAGCAAAACCAGGCAGACCGAGUUCGGUUUAUUUUGCGCUCAAAUAUAUUUGAUGUCGCCGAACUCGAAUGGCUACGAUGUGAGACUGUUCCCUCAUCGGAUGAAAAUACUACGGCUGAGGAUGCGGCGCCACAAAUUGCAGAGCAACCCGAAAACGUGGAUACCGCCAUGAAUACCCCAGCUGUGGUUAAUUCAAACGAUGAUGGAACAGUCGCACAGGAACUGGAAUUAUAG